AUGGUCCGCGGCCGCCAAUUCCUCGCGGCGCGCGUCUACGACACCGCCCGAGCCGGCAUGAGCAGCACCAUUAUCCAAAAUACGCGCCCCAACGUCCCGAUGUGGUUAAAAGCGCUGGAUCACAUCCCGCCGGCCGAGGUGCUCACACGGCCGUACCCGAUCCAGCACACGGAGCCCAAGGACCGCGGGCGGGCGGCGCAGCGGCCACGAAACCUGUUCCGGCCGACCAAAAUCGUGCACCCGGAGGACCAGCUGCGGCAGGAAUUCUACCGCGACCAUCCGUGGGAGCUGGCGCGGCCCAAGCUGGUGCUCGAGCUGGACGGGCAGGACGCAAGGCGUCGUGACUGGAGCAAGGGGCUGCGCCAGCCGGGGAUGGCUGUGGUGCAACGCCAGCUCUGGUAUAUGGAGGUCCGGGGCCUUUCCAAGGCAAGGGCGUACGAUGUUGCACGCAAGGAAUUUUACAAGCUGCGGCAACAAGAGGAAAUUGAGCGCAGGGUAGCGGUGGAGGAGGCUCGCAUGUACGGUGCCUACUUCGGCAAGAACAACCUCCAGGUCGGCAUGGAGCUCGAGGACGCCGCAUACGAGCAGUGGAAGAAGUGGGCCACCAUCGAGAUUAGCAAGCUCGAGGCCGAGCGUACCGCUGCUUACGCCAACGUUGUUGAUACGGUGACGGAACCGGCCGAAGACGAUGAGGAAGAGCUGUUGUAA